CGGCGCGACGCUGGCGCCGGACGCGGCGGCGGCCGUGCGGCGCGCGCUGCGGGAGCUCUUCCGCGUGCACCCUGUUGUCAAUCUGGAUGACAUCCGCGGCCACCUGGCAGAUUAUGGCGAACCCACUAGCACCGCCCGGCAGGGGGCCACCCUGGGCGACGACGCCCUGCAUGCAGCCGUGGUGUCGGGCGGCGAGUUUGCCGCGCUGCGGCGCGCGUACGCGGCGCGGCCGGCGCCGAAGGAUCAGGCGGGGGAGCUGAGGGGGGUGAUCUUGGAUCUGCUGGCUACGCGCAGCCAG